AUGCUAGAAACCAUCUAUGAAGUCGAUGAGGAUGUUCAUCGUGAAGAUUCAUCGAAAUCCACUCAACAGCAAUCGCAAUUUUCCGUCUAUAUGUGUUGGUGUAUGAUUACGGGAUGUUUUCUUAUAUUAGUAUUUCUUAUUCUAAUUUCUUUAAAUCCUCAAUAUCUACUUAGCAAUUCGGUUAACAAAAUUAAUAGAAAUAUUGUCAAUGUGCCAUUGGACUCGAAAGACAAAUCGGACUUAUCGAAGAAAGUCAUCGAGUAUCUUGGCCUCUUUUCCCAUCAGAUUAAUAAACAAUUGGGUCUUCAAUCAAAUCCAAUUGCAUUUCUAACUGUACCCAUUUCCAAUUCGUCCGCAUUUGAAUUAAUGAAUCCGAACGGGAUAUUAUGGAUUUAUGGUCAUGUGAAAUAUCCAUCAUCGUCAAUUAACAAUCCUCAAGACGAAGAAAGUUUUCAUUCGAAACUAAAAAUCAGCUUUAAUGAACUGUCGAAUCUGAUCCAAACGAUCGUUUUCAAUUCUUCCCAACACCGACAACUUCAAUUAAACUUAUGUAGUUUAAUCGAAAACUCCACUUCAGCCACAUUCAUCUCCUUAGUGUCAAUUCAAACCACAGAGAAAAACACUACCGAUUCAACCAUCCCCUUCGAUCCUAUUACAUGCGAAGACAUAGAUCAACAUCUUCAGCUAACAGAAACAAUUGAUGAUCUGAUAUCACAAAAUAACUCCACGCUAAUCGAAUAUAACGAUAAAAACAGCAAUAUUCAAAAACAUACUAAGAAGCAUCGUGACUCCAGACAAUGUACUAAAUAUCAUGAAGGUCAACAUCAGGAGACCGCCCAUUGUUCUAAUGAUAUUAGUACGCCAAAAUUACUAAUGUCGAAUCUAUUCUAA